GUCUGAGAGCACAUGGCUCAAGAGGAGUCGACCACAACAAAGCGGGUUAUCUUCAUUCUUUAACGCAAGUUUUAAUUUACUAAAGCCAGGAUGGGGAUUGAAGGGGGUAGAUCUAUCCCUUCUACUGGAAUGACCCCUAAAGAACUGUGUGAAAAUGAUGAUCUUGCAACCAGUAUAAUAGUCGACCCGUACCUAGGAUUUGUGUCGCACAAAAUGAACACACGGUUCCGCCCAAUCAAAGGUAUGCAAGAAGAAUGGAAAGGGUGUGUAGAGAGGUUUAAGAAGCACCAGUGUUAUGAGAAAGCAUACAAGGAAUUGAUGUCAGGAGACUGGGGAAGAACAUGUUUACUCACCAAAUCCAAAGCACAACAGAAAACAAUGAAGGAACAUAUGUUCAGGUUCCUUCAAAUGUUUGAUGCACAAGCUGGGUUUGAAAUCAUGGCGUGUCAUCGUUACUCUGCAGAGGGGGAAAUGGGUGGAAAGCUAGUGGCAACUAGAAAGUGGAAGAAGCAAGAAAAGAUAAAAAUGCUAGUGGGGUGUAUAGCUGAGCUGACAGAAGAAGAAGAGGCACAGAUCUUAAGACCAGGGGAAAAUGAUUUCAGUGUGAUGUACUCCUGUCGUAAGAAUUGUGCUCAGCUUUGGCUAGGUCCUGCUGCCUACCUCAACCAUGACUGUAAAGCCAACUGCAAGUUUGUGUCGACUGGUAGAGAUACCGCUUGUGUUCAGACCCUGAGGAAUAUUGAUCCAGGAGAAGAGAUAACUUGUUUCUAUGGAGAAGAUUUCUUUGGAGACAACAACUGCCUGUGUGAAUGUGAAACUUGUGAAAGACUUCAGCAAGGUGCCUUCAAGCCAAAGCAUACUCCUCAGAAAAAAUUAGCCAAUGGCUACAGACUCAGGGAAACUACUGACAGAAUCAAGAGCAAUCAGAAUCAGACCAAUAGUCAAAAACCUUCUGCAAAGUCUGUGAUACCUGUACCAGGGAUAGACAACUGGGAUAAGCGGUCCAAUAACCUGACCAAGCACGCACACCUUCUGACUAAGGCUGAGUUGAAAAAGCGAGGGAUUACACGCUAUGACGCGGAGAUGCUGCUUUCACAAGGUCACAAACUACCUGACCCUAAAGCUUUCACGGAGAGAGAAUCAGGAAAGAGGGGGACAGAGAGUAAGAUAGCAGACUUAGCCCAGAGAAGGGGAACAAGGGGAGACACAUCACAAACAAGAAAGAACUUGUCUCCAUCUCACUUUAGCUGGUCUCCUUCCAGGUUCAAUGGUUCUCCGACAAGAUUUGGAACUUCUCCCACGAGACGCACACGGUUUAAUUCCUGUGAUGCUGAUUCAACAACGGAAAAUUAUGUAGAGAACAAUAUUGUUCGUAAUGCAUCACCAUCUAGAAUAACAAGGCGGAUGCUUAGUGCCCCUGAGACAUCCUUGAGAUUGUAUGACGAUUCUGAAUUCAAAGAUGGAAGCGAGACUAGUGGUAGCAUGGGAAGUGAACUGUCCGAGUCCAGUUCAGAUAUACAAGACAUCGGAUCAAAACUUCGUAGCUCUCAUGGGAAAUAUGGAUUUCACAGUAUGAACGGUGAUGCAACAGAUAGUCAGUGUGGAGGAAUGCUACAGCUUAAAAUUCCCAAAUUGAAAAUCAAAAUAAGGAGAGACCAGGAUGAUGAAGGCUAUGAAAUUUUGGGCACAACAGCAUACAGACGUAAAUCCAAGAAGAAAAAAUCCAAAAGCAAGAAGCACAGGGACAAGAAGCGGUUUAGUGAAAGCUUUUAUGCAGGGAGUGAUGAAGAGGUUCUGGAGAGAAAAACUAAUUUGAAGAGACUGAAGCUGAAGUUUGGAGGAGACUCUAUUGACAUUGACACAUGUAUUCCCCCUAGCAAAAGGCAGCGUAUAUAUUAA